CUGUUGACCCCAUGGCUGGAGGCGGACACAUUCCUCUGUCCUCCCCCAGGACCGGAGCGUGACGGAGGGACAGAGGGCGGGCCGGGCCGGGGAGGAGCGGCCGGGUCGGCUUUAUUUAGGAGGACCGGCAGCAGGACGGGACGCUGCAGCUCGCGGGCUUAGCAGCCGGUUCUGGAACGACAGGAGGUUCUGGAAUAGAUCACUGGAUGUUUGUGUGCUCUCAGCUGGAACUCCGGUUCUGUUGGACCCGAUUAAAUCAAAGGAAGGAUGUUGGGUUGGGGAGGAUCAGAACCGCCUUCUCCGCCUCGGAGCUGAGCAGAACCAGAACCCGCCUGUUGGGGGGGAGGGAAUGUGGCCCUCCGGUUCCAGCAGCCAGCGCCUGGUCGGGGCCGCACAGUGACAUGGGCCCCCGGGGUCCCGGGCCCAGGUGAGCGGCACAGGGCCGGGCCAUGGCCCGGCAGGACGCGGUGAGGUGUCUGCGCUGCCUGCUGUACGCCCUCAACCUGCUGCUCUGGCUGAUGUCGGUGUGUGUGCUCGGCAUCGCAGCAUGGAUCAGAGACACCCUGAGCUCCGUCCUGACCCUGACAGCCCACACCAGGUUGGAGGAAGCCGCCGUCCGCUCCUACUCUGCAGCCGUCCACCCCGUCUUCAUCUCCGUCUGCUGCCUCCUCCUCAUCCUCAGCAUGCUAGGCUACUGCGGCGCGCUGCGCUGCCGCCUGCUGCUGCUCUGCUGGUACUUCUGCAGCCUGCUGGUGAUCUUCUGUGUAGAGCUGGCCUCUGCAGUUUGGACCUACGACGAGCCCUCAGUCCAGCGAGCCGACAUGAUAAGCCUGAAGUCCCGGAUGCCAGACUACAGCCUGCAGCGCUACCAGUGGCUCACACACACCUGGGACAGCUUCCAGACACAGUUUCAGUGCUGUGGGGUGAUCUAUUUCACCGACUGGCUGGAGAUGACAGAGAUGGAGUUUCCGCCUGACUCCUGCUGCACCAAUCAGUUCCCCGGCUGCGCUGGCCACGCCCAUCAGCAUGACCUCAGUGACCUGCACCAGGAAGGCUGUGGUCCGAAGGUCUACCGCUUCAUCCAGGGAACCAAGCCGCUGCAGGUUCUGCGUUUCUUGGGGGUUUCUAUCGGCGUGGCGCAGAUCCUGGCCAUGGCGCUCACCCUAACGCUGCUCUGGGCGCUGUACUACGGCCGCCACCAUCAGCAGCCAGACGCAUACGGAACCGCAGGGCCGUCAGGAGAGUCCGGUUCUGUCGUAGCCACCAAUGGAACCAGCGUCGGCGACUGGGUCGGACCCGGAGACCAGAGAGCUGCUGAGGCCGGGAUGGAGGACCUGGAGGCGCCCGGCGCCGCAUGGAAAGGGUUAUACUUACUCCACCGUACAGAACCACUGAAUCUGGAGUAAUGAGAGCCAGGAACCAGGAUGUAGCCAGAGCUGGAGGCAGCUUGGUGCUCCUGGAGACGGUCUACUGCCAAUAGGCCAAUUGGCUCCAUUAGACCAGGGGAGCUUCAUUGGUCUACUGGUUUACCAGUCCAGAAAACCACCGAGAAGUCAGACCUGACGAGGCUCUGUCAGGAUGUCUGUUGUUGCUGCUGUCACCGAUCUGUCAGGGUAAACGGACCAGAACCCGACCCAGAAACUUCUUGGCGCUGCUCAGACUGGAUGGUACCGGAUGGAAAAGUCCCCAUCAGCUGAGGAUGAGUGUCCAGAGGACCAGCAGCAACCUUUGAACCCGUCAUCUAUGAAGGUCAUUUCAGGAACUGAACUGUUGCUUCACUCCCUAAUGGACACCUGGACCUGUUGGGGUUGCCUGUAGCGGAGCUGCUGCAGUCGGUCUUAAAGGGUCGGCCGGUCCAGUAAAACCUGCUGGACUGUUGGACAAUGGUUGGGUCAGAACGAUGGAGGCCAGGAGAAGUGAUAAUAAUGGUCUUUAUUGAACAGAUAAAUAAUCACUCCUGUUUGCUCCAUACAUGCAUGGCUUUAGAGAAAUAUCCUGUGGAACUGAAAGCCUCAUAUUAUCACAGAAUGGAAGAACAUCACCAGAAACUAUGAGCAGAUCUUUUACAACCAGAGAGUUGGACUGAAUCCAUCCAGCCAAACCAGAACCACAGGAGCAGAAUGAAGACUGGAUCGUCAUCAUCACUUCCUGCUCCGAAACCAGGAAGUGAUGCGGGGAGGUUCCAUCCUCAGCCUGGUCAUCAUCAGGAGGAGGCGUCCAGUUAAGAGUCGCUCAGGUUUUAAAGACCUUUAUGAAUCUCAUAAAAACAUUAAUAACAACAGAAUGACUCGCAUGAACAGAAAUAUUCCAGCCUGUUGCCUCACUGGAACGCAGCAUCCAGGCAGGAAGUGAUGAAGAAGAACUAGCAGCUAACAGCCGCUGUGUUCUAAGCUAGAAGCUGCUGUGCUCUAAAUUAGCGGCUAACAGGCCGUUUCCACUAAUUUUUUAAAAAUGAUUUCAUUCAGUUGUAUUCUAAUAAACAGCAAAGACAAAAAUCCUCUCGGCCCUUUUCCUCCCAGACGCGCCGUGAUAGAGCAAAGAGGACGCUGUAAAUCUGAGCUAGCUCAGGAGACUCAACAUGACUGUUUACAUUAACAUGCAGAGGCAGAAAGAUUCAAAAAUAAUAAAGAUAUCACAGCAAAUCGAUUUCUCUGCUAAGCACCACAAACAGCCCAUCAUGUCGUCUCACAUAGCAACCAAAUUUACCAGCAGAUAAAACUUGGGUCGCAGCAGCAGACGGCUGCAAGGUCAGCUCAUUCACAAUCAUCUGUAGGAAACCCGGCUCUAGUUCUCCGGUAUCCACCCGUUAUGCUGCCUCCUGGUGGUGAGCUGGUUGAAGUUUCAGCAAUUUCUGUUUUCGGUCUUUAAAAGCUGUUCACUACUUGCUCUUUGUUCUUUGGUUAAGAACACAAACCACUGGAAGAAGUAGUUCCCAGGGCAGAGGGCUAGAGAUGUUUUCAGUGGUGAACAAGAAGGAAAUGUUUGGUUAUUUGGGGGAUUCUUAGAUUAAUGUUGGGUCAUGACCCUAAGUGGGAUAU